AUGCCGGCGGACUACCCACUUGUGACUGGCUCGGAACACUGGAGAAGAAAAGUCCGCACCGUAUUCAAGUGCUUAGAUUCCAACGCAGAUGGCUACAUCACUAGAGAAGACUGGGUGAUCGGGGUCCGCCGUUUCGUCCAGUACUUAAACAUUGAUGAUGAGAAAGCCGAACGUAUUCUAAACGAGCGCCUCGCAGUCUGGAAAUCACUCGUCAAAGACUCAGAAGACGACACAACGGCCAAGAUUUCAGUAGAGGAAUAUGUGCAGCAUAGUUUAUCGUUCGUCAACUGGGUCAACUACCGACAGGAGUUGCAAGUAAAACUCAUCUCGACCACCUUCAAUGGGAUGGACGUCGACGGCGAUGGCUUGAUUUCCAAGGAAGAACACGCCGCUUUCUUCUACGGUAUCCACGUCCCCGUUGAGCACUCGAAGGACGUCUUUAAUGUGAUGGACGCGGAUAAGGACGGUUUUAUAUCCCUUGCAGAGUAUGCAGAGGCGCAUAUGGAGUUCUGGUUGACCGAAGAUCCCGAAAAUAAAUAUAAUGAAUUUUUUGGACCAUUGGUCGACUAG